GUUUUCAUGUCCACAUUAGGGCGUGACAUGCCCUUUCUACACCCCCACAGAUGGGGAAUAUAGACAUUUUUCUCUGAAAAAAAAGACAUUUCGUAUUCUCCCAAAGUACCCCAAUGGGCCCAACUCAUUACUCUUUAUUAAUUACUGCCAACUACUUGUUACCCAAUCCAAUUUACUUCGAAUAAUUAGCUACCGUCUUCCGCCGUACGCGGCGGCCUUUCAAUUGGUGGCGCGGUUAGCUCUAGUCGUGAGCCACUCCACAACGUCUCCGAAAACGCGUUCCACAUUCUCCUCCGGCUCACCGACCAUUUGGUGCCACAUUCCAGGAUAUAUUUUCAGAGUCUUGUCCUUGCUGGCGGCGCGUCUGUAGAGCUCUUCCACGCACGCCGGAUCGCAUACAACGUCGCUCUCCCCGUGAACGAUCAAAAACGGGACGUCCACUUCUUUAAACCUCGACUGCAAAUCGCCGCAUACCCUCAGCAAUCAACUGAUCUUAGUCAUAUAGGGCUUGUCACCGGAGAAACAGCAAUGGAAAGCAAGCCACCAGUUGGCACUGCCGCUUGGACUGGUGCGAAAGGCGGUCACACGGUGGAGGAAGGCGAGGCCAUGGUCCAAAAGGGAUUGCAAGGUUAAAUUGCAUUUCGGUAUCAUUUUCGCUUCCUGUUUCUUUAUUUAUUCAAAGGUUAAGUAUAUGAGGGAGCAAUUGGAGAAAGCGGGAUGCAGAGUUACUGAUAAUUUUUUCAAAGCUGUCCACUGCGAUAAGCCUGCGUCCGGCUUUUUUGUUCCCGAGGGUGGAGGGAUUAAAAUAUGUGCAAACAAUUUGAGAUUUCAAGAUGAAGUAACUCAAGUACUUAUCCACGAGCUCAUCCAUGCAUAUGAUCAUUGUCGUGCUAAAAAUUUGGACUUUAAGAAUAAGGAACAUCAUGCUUGCGCUGAGAUUAGAGCCAGCCAUCUUAGCGGGGACUGUCAUUUCAUGAGAGAGUGGUUGCGUGGUCACUUCAAGAUAAAAGGUCAUGAACAAGCAUGCGUGAAACGAAGAGUGAUCUAUUCAAUGUGUGACAAUACCAAUCAAUCAAAGCUUGAUGCUUGUGCUGCUAUGGAAAAAGUCUGGGAUAUAUGUUACAGUGACAUGGAUCCUUUUGAAAAAGUUUCUUGAGUCAUAAAAUUCUCUCCGUCCCUUAAAGACCCUUACUAUUUUGACCUUUCAGAGUUCAAAAAAAAAACAAAUUAUGUUUGAUUGACUUCUAGAAAUGCUUUUUUGUCGUGGGUAAAUAUUAUUGUAGGGGGUAAUGUUUUGACUUUUGACACAGUUAGAUACUGAAACUUGAAGGUAAUACAGUAAAUUGAGGGCUUUAUUUAAUGUUUUUUCGUAGAAAAGUACAAAACAUUAAAGAGGGAGUAAUUGUGAACUAAGCCCACUUGGGGACUAACUGUGACUGUUUAGAGGACUGCUUAUUCAAGAGUUUAGAUGAUGGUUGUUAUGACUUUUACGUUUUGUUUCCUGGAGAUGUGGCUGCAAUAGAGACUAGAUGAUAGAAGAUGGUUUCUUGAUCUUUUUGUUUUCUUUUUGUUGUGAAAUGUACUUAUUUCAGUGGUAUUGUUUUUAUUGUGAAAUACAACUCGUCCUGUAUUCUGCUUUCGGUUUGCCCUAGAAGUAAAAACGUGUGUGAAAGUCAAAAUAUGAGUAUGUUUUUAUUCCUUAAAUAUAAGAUUACUAGCUUACUAGACUUUUAGCAUGAUAGUAUUUUUCUAGCUCACAGUAAUUACUUAUAUUUAAGGAAUACAAAUAUAGUACUCCUAUUUUUGAAUUCCAAAAUAUAUACUCCUAUUUCGGAACUUUUCCCUUCUAAAUGAUGUUUGAAAUUGAGAAUCUAAACGAUUAAAACUGACAUUGAAACCAAGUAGGACAUACCUACAUAUAUAUACCACCCAAUUUGUCCUAUAUUAUUCCUAAAAAUGACAAAUAAUGAAAUAAUUAAUGUUCACAGGAUGAAAGAAGACAGUAGUUUGAUUUGCUUGAUCAAUCCUCGAGCUAGGUCUACUUUGUUUUUGGUGGUGAGGUGAGUUUGGUGAUUUUUUCAUGCUAAAACAAAAUUUACUGCACUCUAAAUAAUACCAGCGGAUUCACUGGAUUGGCCAGUCUUAAUUUACCGACAACCUGGAAAAUGUAUGGGAUUAACCCGGCAGGCUGGCAUAUUUGGGUAUUAGGAAUAGCCUUGAGUACUCGUAAGUCAAACAUGAAAGUCAAACCUAGUGCUUAUGCCAUUUCGGGAGUAUUUGUAAUAGCCACUCUGCCACUUUAUAUAUGCAAGGGUCAAGGAUGUUAUCUCAGAAUCACAUACUCCGUAUAGAUUAAGAUCGAGUUAAUUGUGAGCUACAAAAUUAUCAUCUUGAAAAUGAUUAUUAUGAUUUAGUUAGUAAUUUUUUAUAUAAAUGGGCGUAUAAUCAUAUCCAAU